AGACGUCUUGCUUGUCACCUAUUAACGUGGCUUGUUCCUCGUUCAGCGUCUGAGACGCAGCCAGAUACUGCCUGAGAUACAGACAGAGACUGCCUGAGAUACAGACAGAUACUGCCUGAUAUACAGACAGACUGCCUGAGAUACAGAGACUGUCAAGAGCUACAGCCAGACACUGCCUGAGCUACAGCCAGACACUGCCUGAGCUUCAGCCAGUGCCCAUCUGAGUGGAGCCACAGGACCAUGGCGAGAACAGCUCCCAGUGGUCACGAGGCUCCAGGGGAGUUGACCUGCCCCAUCUGCCUGGACGCGUUCCGCUGCCCCUGCACGCUCAGCUGCGGCCACUCGUUCUGCCUCAAGUGCGUGGAGGGCGCCUGGGAUGUGGCCAAGUCCUUCUCCUGCCCCCAGUGCCGAGUGACCUUCCCUCAGAGGCCCCAGCUGAACAAGAACUUCACGCUCGCCAACCUGGUGGAGCAGCGCAGUGCUGCAGAGAAAAUGGCCACCGUGGUCUUGUGUGACUUCUGUAACGAUGGCACGACUGCUGCCUUGAAGACCUGCCUCAGGUGUGAUACCUCCUACUGUGUGACUCAUGUAAAGCAUCAUCAGGAGAACGCGAAGUUCAGAGACCACAUUCUGGUGGCUCCAGCCACGAAUGCUGAAGAACGCAAGUGCAAGAAACACAGAAAGAAGAUCAAGUUUUACUGCCGACAGGAAAAGAGCUUGGUCUGCACAACCUGCAUCAUCGCAGGAGACCACAAGGGUCACGAUGUGGCGACGCUGGAGGAUGAGCACAAGACACGGGAGAAACAAGUGGGAGAGGACACGCGGGCGGUGGAGAAGAAGAGGAGGAUGGCGAAGGAGUCUGUGAGGCGGAUGGAGGCCGCUCGCAGGGACGUGCAGAGAUCGAUGACCGAGGUGAGGCAGCGAGUCAAUGGCGAGUUCGCCCGCAUAAGAGCAGCUCUGGACGAGGACGAGAAGGCAGCUCUGGCUCGUGCGGCCAAGAAGGAGCGCGAGCUGCUGACCCAGAUCGAGAAGAACAUCGCUCACUACCAGCGCGAGAUUGGGGAGCUCCAGGCAGCAGCCACUCGCCUGCAGGCCCUAACGCAGGAGAGGGACUCGCUCACAUUCCUGCAGGGUUACCUGGAGGAGACGCGCAGGACAGGGAGGGUUAGAACAGCUCAACCCUCAGCUCCCAGCCAAGAGGCCAUUGCCUCACUUAAAGUCCUGGAGACAACUACUGUCAAGUUCAUGUAUGGAUGCUCACCGACUCUGGAAACAACCUCUGCUCAUAACCAACUCCAGAUGUCCUCGGAUCUCAGGACGAUGACAGCAGUCCUUGCCUCCCAGGGUCGCCCCGAUCACCCACACCGGUUUGAUUACUGGUCACAAGCCCUGUGCUGUGAGAGCUUCUCGUCGGGCCACCACUACUGGGAGGUGGACGUGGGGGACGCGCGGUGGUGUCGGGUUGGAGUCGCGUACGGGACAAUCCCACGGAAAGGGGAACGUGCUGCACGGCUGCUGGGAGGGAGCGACGCAUCCUGGUGUUUAGAGAAAUGUGAUGACAACUUCUCAGUGGUUCAUGGUGGAGUGAAGACUGCACAGUCGGUGAGGGGGGCCCCCUCCCCCCGCAGAAUCGGGCUUCACCUGCACUGGGAGGGGGGGCUCCUGGCGUUUUACCGCGCCGACUCCAUGGAGGUGAUCCACGAGGUUCGGCAGAGAUUCUCGCAGCCUCUCUACCCUGGGAUGUGGGUGUUGUAUUGUAAUGAUCGAUUGAAGAUCGUGGAUCUGAGUUGUGCAUCCUGAGGAUGGGGAGAGACAGAAACCCAAAAAACCGAGACAGAAACCCAAGAAAUGGAGGAGAGGGAGAUGGUGGGUGACUGAAUGAUUGAGUGAGUGCAUGGUUGAUUGGGUGAGAUGGUGGGUGAGUAGACUUGGGAGAUGGUUGGUGGGUGAGUGAGUGCAUGGGUGAGUGGAUUGGUGGAGUGUUUGAGUUAGUGAGAGGGCAAGUGGGUAAAUGAUUGAGUGCUUGAGUGAGUAGAUUAGUGAGUGAACGAUUGAGUGCAUGGGUGAGUGAGAUGGUUGGUGAGUGAGUGGCUAAAUGGGUAAUUGGUUAAGUUAGUAAGCGAGAGGGUAGGUUGAGUGAGUAAAUGAUUGAGUGAGUGAGUUCAAGUGUAUCGUCUGUAACCGGGUGUAGAACUCGAAAGACCAGGACAGGAGUCUCAUUUGCAAGAGUGACCUGGGGCUGGGGGGGGGUCUCCAAAAUAACAAAAAUGACAACGUGCGCACAGGGAACAAUAACGAAGCGAAAAUAAAUUAGCGCAAAAAAGAAAACAACAACCACCACCGUGUUACAGACGGAACCGGAAAAAAACAGCGUCCCGAACAAACUCCCAAAAUUGCAAGGGUGGAGACAGCGUCUGUACACCCAACUCACAGUCGUGUCCACGUGUCGUCUACCCAGGGCCACCUGUCCGGCGUCCAAUUCGACGAAACGACGACUCCCACAGACAACACCGACAGCCCACUCUGCCCGGUCCCCCCCCCCCCCCACCAUGGUUCCUGGGUUUGUCGUCACGGAAGCGGACCGGUAGCCGCUGCAAGCUGCGCAGGGCGUAAUGUGUUCAAAGCGGCUAACCCGCCGGAUCAUCCGGGCAGCUGCAUUCUGAACUGGAGCCUCUGCACCAAUCCAAGUGGAAGCUCUGCAUCAUAAUCCAGGCGUGUUGAGACAAAGGCAUGAACUAAUGAUUACAGGUUAGGGGCAGAAAGGAGCGGGCACAACCCUCUAAGUGUUUGUAGGUGGUAGAGAUCUACUCUGAACGUAGCUAUGAGCGGCGAGCACACGGUCAAGCUCUGAUCGAACAGCACACCGCGGUUGCGUACUUUGGACACACGGAGAGGCGAGUACAACCACCGUCUUGUUGAGUGCAUACUUCUAGAGAUCAGUUGUAAGUUCAAAAAAAGACACCCCUGCUGGGUGCUGGGAAUCCUUGAGGCUGCAAACGACCUUCACUGCAGGUGUGUGUAUCCCCGGUUCAUGCUGCCUCAUCCCUUCACCCAAGAGUGGAGCGUGUGUGAGGGUUUGUACGACGAUCGCCGUGCUAAUUGAUAAUUGUUUUUGUUACCAUUUUAUCUGCCAACAAAACUGACCACAAUACUUGCGGUCGGAAUGCAAACAAAAAACACAACUCUGAUAAUGUAUGCACUGUCCUUGAAAUUGAUUGGUCCACACCCGAGACAGCUUUUCUUAGAGCCUAGUCUCACACGGCCCCUCUUAUACUCUCAGCGCCGCCUUGCUCCGCUCCAGCCACGCCCCCUUUCUAGAACCUUCUAUCGGGUUCCCGGGGAUUCCCGAUGGGCCCCUUCUGUGACCUUUCCCCGAGAUGUCCCCCUGUUGUGUAUAUCGUGGCCUGCUGAAUAGAGCACUGCCGAACACCUCAGUUCCCCCUUUUCACCAGCAGCCAGCGCUAUGCUACUACACUUGGACCCGGCUUGUAUCUAUGUUGUGAGGAUGCACCGAUACCAGAACACCAUGUUCAUAAUUACAAGCCCAUGGAUUGCACAGAAGUCUAGGAGGCUCCUACCGUAUUAUUGAGCUAGUUUGGCCCAUGCCUUCUGGUCGCUCUAACCCAGGUGUCUGCUUCAUGACCCGCUCGGGUAUUAAAGUCACCCAACAGGAUGACUAUCCUGGGGGGCCACUUUAGCUCUCACCUGGGACAGCAGGUUAUAAAAGGCAUCGGACUCAUCGGCCUUCUCUGCAUCCCUCCACUGAUGUUCAUCUUUGGUGGGGGCGUAAGCAACCACCACCACCAUUCCUCGCCUCUUGUUGAUGGGGAGGCAAGCCCACCGUAGCCUGGGACUUACAGAUUCUCACACCUCACUGCCACACUCCCAAACCACCUUAAUUUUUUCGCUAAAAAGAAGUGCCACUCUCUGUUGUUUCCUGCCCCGAGUGGAGAAGUGUCCACCCCUCAUGAUGACUGGAGCCAGAACCGGUCCACCGGAUCUCCUGUAUACCACAGAGGUCCAGGCAUUACCGGUCCAUCUCCCAGCAGUGCAGUGGCAGCCUCUCUCCCACAACGAGAGUCCGAACAUUCCACGUGGCCAAUCGCAGUGUUCUCCUGCUCCUGGAGAAACCCUGAUGGGAGGGGGCGAUGGGUUCAGUCUGGCUCUACCAGAUGGGAGUGUCCCCCUGGUCUCUGGCAUAAGCCUUUCGGUGUUUCCGUCGUGGUGCUUGAUAGAAAUAGUGUCAGGAGAAGGGGUUACCAGCCCCUAACACGCAAUAAUCUAGCUACAUACACUCAUACCACUACGGCUCACACACACACACAGCCUGCAGCACACUCACAACACAUGACUCGCACUGUAAACACUGUAGUGCACUACAUGCUGUGCUAUACAAGCUACAAUGGACCAGAGACUACAGUCAACCACUACAUUACGCCACGCUUCUCGAACACUGUACAGUAAUCCACACGAGGGUGUAUCGCACACUAAUGUAUAAAGUCCACCACGUUAAAAAGGAAACCAUGCACACGUAAACACACAAGUACACAAACACACAGAUACAUAAACACACAUAUACACAAACGCACAUAUACAUAAACACGCAGAUACACAAACACACGGACACACAAACACACAGAUACACAAACACACAGAUACACAAACACACAGAUACACAAACACAGAUACAUAAACACACAGAUACAUAAACACACCGAUACACAAACACACGGAUACACAAACACACAGAUACACAAACACACAGAUACACAAACACACGGACACACAAACACACAGAUACACAAACACACAGAUAUACAAACACACAGAUACACAAACACACAGAUACACACACAGACACAACUGUGGUGCCACGACCGUGGAGCAACUCUGCAAGCGCCGCGACUCCGUCCCGCCCCAAGCACUAAACACCCACCCGCAUGCAGCGCACCCACGUAGUGUCCUGGCAGGGGGUUGCCUGGCACAACGGGUUUUAAUACAAAUGGCCCCUAGGGGGAGAGUCCCACAGUUUCCCGGUGCCAGGAGAUUGGCCGACCCCCACAGGACAGGUUACAUUGCGGUGCCCCUAAAUUGGCUUAACAUUGUAUGGGCGCAAACAGCAGAGGUUCCCUGGGCCAACCGCAAUGAGUUACUCACAACAUCGGGGGGAGGAUGGAGGGUGGAAGAUUAGGCGUGAAGAGAAAAACCGAAGGCUCAAACUCAGUGGCGGCUCCUGCAAAAUCUCUCAGGGGGGGGCAAAUGUUUGGAUGAUUGAUAAGGAUAAGGUCCACCCAUGCAAUGGAUAAAUUAACAGCUUAAGCAUGUAAAGGCAACUUCACUUCUUUAAUAUUAAUGAAAAAUAAAGUGACUCUUACAAUACAUCUUGUUUGUUUCUAUACUCACUAUUAUUACAAUCCACUCAGUUUCUUUUAUUAAAGAUUCCACUAGGUGGCGACAAAUAAUAUUGUUGACUGAAACGUGCUUACGUAUGAUGA